AUGUUUUCGAAGAUGGCAUAUGCUGGAAAUGUAGCAGAUGGUUUAUGGAAGGCAGCGUUGCAUCUGCUGUCUGCUGUGAAACACGCAAACACUAGCAAUCCAGCAAUAGAUCCCAACGAGGAAUCGCCACAGAACUCGAAGCCUCUCAAGAAGCAUAUCAAGGAUACGAUAAUUCUAGCCGAUGAGACACCUAGGAAGAAUCUAUUCUCUCUCUUCAAACCUUUACUGACUACCGGAAAGCGAAAUAUGGUUCACUGGAGUGUCCCAUUCACUCCCAUCUUCUACAUCUAUUACAUAUUUUCAAUGCUUGUCACUUUCAUAUCGGCGCUCAUUCCAGUGUCUGUGCCUAUGUGGAUUCGAACGUUGCCAAAUCCAUCUCUCGCCUAUCUCUACUUCCAUCACUGGACCUUCUUCAACACAAAGAAAAGUCGUCUUGUACUAGACUUCCAGCCAAGCAUCACAUUUGAAGACGCCAUUAAUCGCUGUCAGUUGUACUAUCGCUCUCUUCAGCCUCGUGAUGUUCCUUGCUAUUCAUGGACCGGCACGCGAUGUCUGGUAGCAUUUUUGAUGCAGAUAUGUGUCUGGCGAAAGAGGGCUUCUUAG